UGCGACAGCAAACCUUUGAAUCAAGAUGAUCCAAUUAAAGACGAUGCUUAAUUGCAUCGAUAAUUCCGGCGCCGCCGUCGUCGAAUGUGUCAAGGUCCUCCGAAUGAAGAGACAUGCGAAGAUUGGCGAUCGCAUUAUCGUUGUCGUUCAAAAGCAGCGCAAUUUCGGUCCGGAGUCGGGUCCAGGCAGUGGCAGCGUAUCGACAUCUGCCGCCAACAAGGUUCGCCGUGGAGAUAUGAGACACGCCGUUGUCGUGCGCACAAAGAAGAAGCUGCAAAGGCCAGAUGGAAGUGUAGUGAAGUUCGACGACAAUGCCUGCGUCCUGAUCAGCAAGACCGGAGACCCCAUUGGGACCAGAUUGAACGGUAUUGUCGGCACUGAAUUGAAGAAGAUGAAGUGGUCGAAGAUCUUAUCACUGGCACCAAUGCAUCUAUGAACAAAUUGGGGUUAUAUCAGAAUGUACUCAUACUGUAUAAAGAGGUAGACGGGUCACGGCGUUACACAUGCGAUAAUCAUUAAAACCUCUCGAAGAGGUCAACAACUAUUGUUCUCCAAUCAUUUUAUUACGGCCUCUCAA